GCGAAUUGUCAUUUCACGAACAAACCCCGUUGUAGAACUUUCCUCCACCCGAGUGUGUAGAAGUUGUAUCGUAGUCUCUCGUGAAAUAAACCCAGAUUUUCCACGAUAAAAAUGUCCUACGUUGCCAGGAAGGGGCCGCAAGUUGUGUCCGCUCUCGGACGGUGGGCCUACAAUUUGUCCGGAUUCAACCAGUACGGUCUGCACCGUGACGAUUGCCUGUACGAGGAUGACGAAGUGAAGGAAGCGAUCCGCCGUCUGCCGGAGAAGCUGAAGGAUGAGCGCAACUACCGCAUCACCCGGGCGUUGCACCUGUCACUGACCAAGACCAUCCUGCCCAAGGAACAGUGGACCAAGUACGAGGAGGAUACCAAAUAUCUGGAACCGUACCUGGAGGAGGUCAAGCGUGAAAACGAAGAACAGGCCAAGUGGGAGGCCAACAAGUAAACCGUUCGGUCGUGCGGUGUUUUAUUGUACACACAAUUAUUUAGGGGUUUCUCAGAGGGAUGAACUGAAAGGGAAUAUAAUUCCGGGUUCGUCCCCUUGAAACGAUGCAAAACUAGAGGGGAAUAAUAAACUAAAAUCUGGAA